AAUGGCAUAAAGAUCCGACCCCUCCACCGCUCACUAAAGUCUAAUCUGGGCCUCCCCCCCCCCUUAUAGCUGAUUCGGCUAGAUUACAAUUUAACGCCGCGUCAUUCCAGGCCAAACUCCCAGAGCCUCCUCCUCUGACUACCGUCCUAACAUCCUCCUCCAUUUAGGACCUUGCUCUUCUCCCCCCUCUAGUCCUUUACACACGAUAUGUAUCAUGCUUUCUUUGCUCUCUCUUUCAAAGGGCAAGGGUCCACGCGAUGGUCGGGGGACUUUAUCUACUUCUCCGGAUCCUGAAGAAGCUACCGACCAAUCUAGGGUGGCCUCCCUGAAUCGGGCUCUCGAAAUUUUGAACGAGCUGUUUCCGAAUGUUGACGUUGACGAGUUCCGCCAUAUGCUCUCCACCUAUUCUGAGGAAUCACGAUUACAUGUUAUUACGGAGGCGCUGUUAAAAAAGUCCAAGGAUGGGAGGGUUCAAAAGCGAGUUGUGGAACCAUGGGAGAAGUUUAGGCCUAAGGCAUACAUAGAUGCUGCGAAGAACGUUCUGUGAGCUAUCCGCUCCCUGUUCUAUUUAAUACUUCAUUAUUUAUUUAUUUUAAAGAAAACAUCUCUAGCGCAGGGUUUUCGCUAAUCACUACCCCGAGCAGUUACAAGGAGUUCAAAGGUCUAUCUCACUCAACAAUCAAGGCUGUGAUGGCUGAAAAUAACUCCGACUACGCCCGCUCCCGGCAGACUCUUAUGGACAUUGCCGACAAAUCCUGGCGGUUCUCUUUCGCUAAUUUAUUUCGUGGAGCGAGAUCUGUAUUACCUCCCGAGCCAACUGCGACAGCUACGGGAUGUAAGGAGCUGGACGAUGAGCUUUUCGCUUUGGGCAAGCCUACCCGGGACCGACAGGUGGACGAGGAUCUGAAGGUGGCAAAGCUCCUCAAUGUGGCUGAACAUACUGCUUCAUCAGAGAUGGUGGAGUGCGAGUGCUGUUUUGGGGACUAUCCAUGGACUGAGAUUGCAUCGUGCUCGGACGGCCAUUUCUUCUGCCACCAGUGCCUUCUCCGGAGUGUCCAAGAGGGUUUAUACGGACAAGGAAGAAAUCUGUUAGGAGAGGUGUGCUCUGUGCGGUGUUUGUCUUGCUCCGCUUCUCCGCCAUGUGGAGCCUUCGUGCCUCACGAAUUACUGUUGGCUGUCCUACCACCCGAUGCUCUGCAUUCGCUGGAGGACAAGACAGCGGCGGAAAGUUUGGAGAGAUCUGGUUUGGAUCUGGCAAGGUGUCCAUUCUGCGCAUAUGCAGAAGUAAUUGCUUUGGAAGAGUACCGAAUAAAACGCAGUGUCAAAGUAGCCCUGCUUGCUUCCGUUCUAGUAUUGUUCUCUAUUGUUCCACUGGCGUUGGCGGUUUUUCUCAUCCUUGUCCUUACAAUGAUCACGCUGCGCUCACCUUUCCCGCCCAGAGAAACAUCAAGCUCCCUCCGGUGGAUCCCCUCAUUAACUGCUUCCCGAGAACGAGUUGAAAGAUCGAUAGGUAGGAUCCAGCGGAAACGGCGAGGCAUCUUCUUUAGAUGCGGAAAUGUUCGGUGCGGUAGAGAUAGUUGUCUAGAAUGCGGGAGAGAAUGGGCCCCGUUCCAUAAGUGCUAUGAGAAAGAGGAGGAUAGUGUGAGGAUAUAUGUAGAAAAGGCAAUGGCGGAUGCUAUCAAGCGGACGGUACUGGCACCUUUUAUCCACCUUUGGUUUCCAUGCGAUAUGAAUUCGAUGUCUGUAUGGGGCUAUCAUGAAUUGAGUGCUAACCUUGUAUAGUGUCCGGUUUGCCAUAUCUCGUUCGUAAAAUCUGAUGGCUGUAAUAAACUCACUUGUCCAUGUGGCUAUGUCAUGUGGUAUGUUUGUCUCCCCAACUCUUACGUUGCUAUAAAGCCCUCUUGUUCACCCGGACCAUAAUAUCGUCGUGCUAAUCCACAGCUGCAGCUAUGUUUGUCGAGCAGAGAUAGGCAGCGAGAGCUACAAACACUUCUGUCAGCACUUUCGGCAAGUGCCGGGGACCACAUGCGACGAAUGCGACCGCUGCGAUCUAUACGUACAAGAGGACGAGGCAGCAGCUAUCGAUCGCGCAGCAGAGAAGGCGGAAGCAGAGUAUUUCCGGAAGUUUAAAAAGCCUGAAGGAUGGAAAUACAAGAGAAGAGAUACUCGGGCUUCUAGGUCUAGGAAAGGUGAUUUCAUCCUUUCAUUACGCAACUACCCUACGAGUACUUUAUGAAUGAUAUACCUGCACGGUGACUAACAAUAGCCCGCCAAAAUCAUAGGCGCCAAAUUAUCUUGGCCGGAAGCCAUAGAUGCAUACAUAGACGGCAUCCUAGAUUUGAUCCUUGCUUAGACUGACCGGCCAGUUGCAGAGUCUUCCUUUUCCCCUGUAUCCCAGUACUAUUCCAUUUGUCGAAGAUGUCAAGGUAUCAGGUAUCACAUUUAUGGCGUUGCGUUCUUUUCUCUGGAUUUUUGUUUUUCUGGAAUCCAGAAUUUGGGUCAGGGCUACUAGUAUGGGUUCUUUGGUUAGUUAUGAUAGCUCUUAUCGGUGGUAAGAGUGAGGUGGCGGGUGGACAAAAGAUUAGAUAAGCCGAGGUGCGGGCUGAAUUAGUAAUGAGAAAAUCGUCAACGAGAGUUCGUACUGUACUCCGUACGGAUUGAGAGUUUUUAUACCAGGCUACAGCUGCUGUAUGCCUGGUGGCAGGCGUGGUAUCAGCCAAAAUCCUAUCUCAGGUAUUGAGCCAUAACGAGUGGCUGGGGCUCGGCAAAGGCGGCCGACGCCUUCCCUUACCAUUGGUGGGGUUCGGUGCACAUUUAGGAGAUUUUGCCCCUGAAUUGUGGCCCGCCCCGCCGGCUGUUAGAUGCGCCCACAGCAAUUUCCUUCUGGAGAAUGGAGUACCGGUAUGAUACCGUACAAUACUGCAUGAAUCUACGGCCUCUGCAAAGCCGGGAUCUGGUGACUAGGGUAGAGAGGGUCAGACGAUAUUUCUACACGCUUACUUACCAUACCUGAGUUUUCAAGCACAAUCCUAUCGUAGGAGACUUUGUCGGGUAUCGUCUGGGUCUGGUACUCGUACAAGUGCUCGAAGACUCUAAUUGCUGAUAUUACUAGAUCCGAGCUUUCCAGAACCCGGCAGAGAGUGGAGCAUGUUUCUGUGAGGUUAGACUACUCGUGCUGGUAUAUUUGUUUGCUUUAGGAUUGGCCGCCACCGGUUAGUGUUGACCCUGGUUCUGUGUACUGCAUCUUAGUAAAUGGCACUGGGGUGUUUCCAAUGUUAGAAAAGUUGGGAUUUCCUAGCAUACUAGAGCUAGUAAUGUAAGCUUGGCAUAAAUAAAAGUGG